UGACACAACUCCUCUCUUAAAUGGAUCGAGCCAGGACAGAAUGUUUGAGACCAUGGCUGUGGAGAUUGAACAGCUUCUGGGAAAGCUCACUGGGAUCAAUGACAAGAUGGCAGAGUACAGCAGCAGUGCCGGUGUGCCCUCCCUCAACGCCGCCCUGAUGCACACCCUGCAGCGCCACAGAGACAUCCUGCAGGACUACACACACGAGUUCCACAAAACCAAAGCAAACUUCUUGGCAAUACGAGAACGGGAAAACCUGUUGGGAUCAGUGAGGAAAGAUAUUGAGUCAUACAAAAGUGGGUCUGGGGUGAAUAACAGAAGAACAGAACUUUUCCUGAAGGAACAUGAACACCUUCGAAACUCAGAUCGACUGAUAGAAGAAACAAUAAGCAUUGCCAUGGCAACUAAAGAAAAUAUGACUUCGCAGAGAGGGAUGUUGAAGUCAAUACAAAGCAAGAUGAAUACCUUGGCUAAUCGUUUCCCAGCAGUGAACAGCCUGAUUCAAAGGAUCAACCUGCGGAAACGACGAGACUCCCUCAUCCUGGGGGCUGUUAUUGGCAUCUGUACCAUCUUACUGCUGCUCUAUGCCUUCCAUUGAUGGAUGCUCCCCCCAUGGACUCUGCUAAACUCAUCACCACCAUCCCUCCACCCCCCAGUCAAGGAAAAGCGAGUGGGGGAAGCGACAGACUUCAGACAGCCUGCUCCUCAUGGCUGGGAGUGUCAGCAUGAUGUCUAGAGCUUUUGAUGGUAGACUGCGACACUGGGUUUGGGUUUGAAGCUGCAGUGUUUCUCCUUCCCUGCCAUAAAUCUUCCUUUGGUUAAAUUUUAUGGCAUUUGUUUGUCUUUAAAUCCCUUUCUCACCGCAAGGUAAGUAAAGACGGGACGCUUACCAGAACCAGCACAACAGUCUUUGUGCUCAGCAGUGCUGGGGAGGU